AUGGUUGCAGAAAUUCCUCCAGAGUAUAAGAACGGGUUCGCCAACGGCCCACCGAAGCCAAAGACAUACCGCAACGAGGCCGAGCGACGACGAUAUGAACACCACGAAGCCGAUGUUGUUAUAAUUGGUGGGGGAGUUGCGGGGUGUACAUUAGCAGUUGCGCUGGGGAACCAGGGACGAAGCGUUAUCCUCCUUGAGAAGUCGUGGAAGGAACCCGAUCGCAUAGUGGGAGAGCUGCUUCAACCCGGAGGCGUUAGAGCUCUCGAGGAACUUGGAUUGAGAGAUUGCCUGGAAGGGAUAGAUGCUGUGAGGACGUAUGGAUAUGAUGUGAUAUACUUUGGCACUGGAGUGAAAAUCCCUUUUCCCAAUGAUGCCAAUCAGAAGACGCUCGAAGGCAGAUGUUUUCACCACGGCCGUUUAAUCGUGCGCCUUAGAGAGGCCGCUGCUGCGAAUCCGAAUGUCACUGUUGUUGAGACGAAAGGCUGUCUCGACUAUAAAUCAACCCAUACGGGAGACGUCCUCGGAGUCCAAUGUGUCACUGAUGGAAAACAAGACUUCUACUUUGCCCCGUUGACCGUUGUGGCGGAUGGAUAUGCGUCCACCUUCAGGAAGGAAUUCCUUCCUAUAGCGCCAGUCGCGAAAUCAAAAUUCUGGGGCCUUGAGCUUAUCGAUGCAAAAUUACCAAUGCCGGGAUUUGGCCAUGUUGUCCUGGGAGAUUUCCCGCCCAUACUUAUAUACCAGAUAGGAGAACAUGAGACCCGGAUUUUAAUUGACAUACCGGACAAUCUACCUUCAGCAUCAGUUGCAAAUGGGGGUGUCAAGGGGCACAUGCGAAAUGUCGUACUUCCCUCCUUACCCGAGUGUAUACGGCCCUCCUUUGAAGCCGCACUGGAGAAGGGUGGAUUCCGAUCCAUGCCAAAUUCUUUCCUCAGACCCGUCACGAACAAGAUUCCUGGAUUGAUGUUCCUGGGAGAUUCCCUGAAUAUGCGCCACCCAUUAACGGGAGGGGGUAUGACCGUGGCGUUCAAUGAUGUCGUUCUCCUUCGGGACCUUCUCAGUGUGGAAGCGGUCCCCGAUUUCAGCAACACAAAACUCGUCUUAAAACAAUUAUCCAAGUUCCAUUGGCAAAGGAAGUCAUUAACUUCAGUUAUUAAUAUUCUUGCUCAAGCUUUAUACUCUAUAUUUGCUGCCGGUGAUCCUAACUUGAAAGUCCUACAACGGGGCUGUUUCCGUAUUCUUGACUGCCUGCAAGGUUAUACUUCCAUUCAUAAUUUCUGA